UCCGAAUCCUUGCAAUGGUGCUUGAUGCUGAUGGAGUUGGGUGUUCUUCAAGCUCUUGUGGAUCAACUAAGAUAUGGAAGUAUGAUGUGUUCUUGAGUUUUCGAGGUGAAGACACUCGCACAAGCUUUACUGAUCAUUUGUAUGAUGCUUUAAUACGCCAAGGAUUGAGAACUUUCCGGGAUGAAGAAGGACUUGAGAGGGGACAAUAUAUUAACCCAAGUUUACUUGAAGCAAUUGAAGAAUCUCGUUCUGCAAUUGUUGUGCUCUUCCCAGGAUAUGCUUCUUCAACAUGGUGUUUGGAUGAGCUCCAAAAGAUCCUUCAUUCAAAAAAAGAGUUGGGUCUUCAAGUAUUUCCAAUCUUUUACGGUGUAGAUCCAUCUGAUGUGAGAAAACAAAAGGGAAGUUUUGCAGAAGCAUUCAUGAAGCAUGAAGGAAGAUUAACGCAAGACAAUAUGAAGGUGCAAACAUGGAGGGAUGCUUUAGAAGAAGUUGCUAGCAUAUCUGGUUGGGACUCCCAAAAUAAGCAUGAAACAAAAUUCAUUGAAACUAUUGCUAAAGAAAUGAUGUCUAAGUUACUUGAUGAAUCGCCAUCUGACCUUAGUGUGUUAGUUGGAAUUGAAUCAAAAUUAGAUGAGUUGGAGUCAAUCAUAGCAAGUGAUUCGAAAGGAGUUCAAUCUAUAGGAAUUUGGGGAACAGGAGGCUUAGGCAAAACUACUCUUGCAAGAGGUUUUUAUGAGCGAAAAUGCAAAGACUUUGAGGUUUGUUGCUUUCUUCAUAAUAUCAGAGAGGUAUUUAACAAAGGUGGUUUGAUUUCAUUGCAAAGAAAACUUCUUUUUUCUUUGAAUAAAAGAAGUGCAGAAGUGGAUGAUUGUUUUGAAGGAAUGAAGUUGAUAAAAAACAUGGUGGUGAAUAGAAAAAUUCUUCUAGUCCUUGAUGAUGUGAGUAAGAUAAGCCAACUUGAAUAUUUGGCUCCAGAGCAAGGAUGGUUAGGCAAUGGGAGCAGAAUAUUAAUAACAACAAGAGAUAUGCAUUUGUUAUCAUCAUAUGAUGUAUCUACUCAGUAUAACAUCAAAUUCUUGAGUGAUGACCAGUCCCUUCAACUUUUCCAUCAAAAUGCUUUUAAAGGAAAAAAUCAACCAAAUGAAGGUUACUUAAAGCUUUCUAAAAAUGUGAUAAAGUAUGCUGGAGGCCUUCCUUUGGCUCUCAAAGUGUUAGGUUCAUCUCUUUGUGGAAGAACUAUAGUGGAAUGGGAGGAUGCACUUUCCAAUUUCAAGAAGGUUCCGCCAAAUGAUAUGCUGAAGAUACUUAAAGUGAGUUAUGACGGAUUAGAUGAUAAGGAGAAGACUAUAUUCUUGGAUGUUGCUUGCUUUUUCAAUGGGAUGGCCAAAGAUUAUGUCAUACAAAUUUUAGAAACAUUUGAUGAUGAUCUUCACCCAAAAUUUGGAAUAAAGGUUCUUACUGAGAAAUCACUACUAGUAAUCAAUCAUGAAGGGCAUUUGUGGGUGCAUGAUAUUCUUCAAGAUAUGGGUAAAUAUAUUGUCCUUCAAGAAUCACCUAAUGAUGCUAGUAAGCGUUCUAGGAUAUUGUCUUUGAAGGAUGCCAAUGAUAUCCUAAAAAGAAAUAAGUCUCUACAAAGGCUGAUGUCCGUUGAUUUAUCUCAUUCCAAAUACCUCAUAAAAACCCCAAAUUUUGAUGAAAUUCCUAAUCUUGAACAAUUGAUUCUCAAAGGGUGUCCUAACCUUGUUGAAAUUCACCAGUCUCUUGGGCAACACAAGAAUCUUGUUAUUGUUAAUUUGAAAGGGUGCACAAAAGUUAAAACCCUUCCAAGAAAAUUUGAGAUGGAUUGCUUACAGACUUUUGUUUUAUCUGGUUGUUCAAAAAUUAGCAAACUUCCUGAGUUUGGAAAGGAUAUGAAAUGUCUCUCUAAGCUUGAUUUAGAUGAAACUGCUAUAUCCGAACUACCUAAGUCACUGGGCAAUUUGAUUGGUCUUGCUGAAUUAAAUUUGUCAGGCUGCAAAAAUCUGGUUUGCCUUCCAAACAAUGUCCGUAGAAUGACAGCCAGGAAUAUUAUCACAAUUUCUAGUUGGUCAAAGCUUUCAAGGAUGCUAGAGGAUCCAACCCGCGUCACGUACCUAACUAUGGUGGAUGAGUCUCUCAGCAGGGGUUUUUUACAUACACAAGGCUCAAACUCGAGACCUUGCUUAAGCAGAACUGAGCUGCUUAUCACUCGGACCAAUCCUUGUUGGUGUCAAGCACAUUCUUCAAUGUCAUGGAGUUGCCUUUCCCUUCUCAAGAAGGCAUUUGGGCUACAAAGGCCUUCAAGCUCAAUAAAUCUUUUCUUGUCCCCUUCUUUUUCAUGCUUGAGCGAAUUAAAUUUAGGUUAUUGUAAUCUCUAUGAUGGAUCACUUCCUAAUGACAUUAGCAGCUUUACAUCAUUGGCAACAUUAAAUUUAAGUGGAAACAAUUUCAUUGACUUACCAUCUGGCCUCAUUUCCAAUCUUUCGAAGCUUCAAUGUAUUGGUCUCUUUGAUUGCCCAAUACUUAAGUCCUUGCCACAACUUCCGUCAAAUCUGUCAGUUAUUCUCGCGAGUGGUAGUCCAUCAAUGGAACAUUACAUAUGUUCGCAGAAACUAUGGGAGUUCAUUGAUUCAUUCCAAUCUCAGGUUCACAAUUACAAUGACCUCUCACUAGAAGAAUUUUAUGGAGGAUAUAAAAUUGUCCGUUUAAGUCCUCUCUCUGCAAUUUUGACCCAGGAUUCACAAAUUCCUGACUUCCUCAUGCAACCUAAUCGUGUAUUAGCAACUUCAGGUAAUGAAGUGCCAUCAUGGUUUCAUAAUCAAGAAUACUUUUGUGAGAAAGAAUUCAGUUAUCCAAAUGUGUCAUUCAUACUAAGCAUACCUGAUUAUUGUCGUUCAAGUGAAUGGUGGGGCAUAGCCACAUGCUUAGUGCUAGAAAAUGAUUUGGCCUAUGAACAAGAAGUUGAGUUUGUCUGGUGGACAUGCAGAUUUCCUAAUGAUCAAUUUCCUAAUACCUAUGGUAUCUAUAUCAGUUGGUUACUAUCAAAUUGGAGUCAUCAACGCUGUAUUAUAUAUAUUCCUUGUUCGUCUUUGGUUGUAAAUGGACUUCAAGUGGUAUUUUCUGUUGGAAAUACAUUUGACAAUGAGUCCCCAAAGGUUAACCCAAAGGUCAAACUAAGGAAAUGUCGGUGGCGUGUGUUGUGUAAAGGAGAUGUUGAAACAUGGAAUUAAUGUUAUG